GCUGUGCAUUCGACAGUAUGCGCUGAAGAUGAGCGCCGUGCGUUUACCUCAGUGAGACACAUUUAAGAACUAUCAAGAACUAUUUCGCUUCAUCCAGAGGCUGGAUAUUUCUGACCGGCCGCUUUUAUCACGGCGAGACGACUGCACUUACAAAUGCUUGCUUUUUUUCUUCUUUUUUUCCCCACUGAUCUUUCCUCAGUGUUUUAUUCGGAUUUAGUUUAAUUCUUUCUGGACUAAGGCCAACUGAAAUACCUUCAUACAAGAAAUUUAAGCUUGUCGAGAGAAAUCUUCACUGGACAAGAAGACACCCACCUCUUGCUCGAAUGGGAAUAUCACCGAAUUGUGACCUGGACUGAUAUUUUAUUAAUAUUGGUUUUCCAUCAUUGUUCCAGUUUCAGAGAUUGCACCGAUUUUUUUUCUUCUUCUGAAAUUGGAAUCACAGUGGUAUCCGUUGGAUAUGUGCAUGGACAUGAAUGCGGAUCAAGGAGGAGACAUCCCAACUUCACAUCAUUAAAUGGAUUGAUUAGUCACGAGCGAUGUUUUAACUCAAUGGCAAGUGUUCAUCGCGAUCAUGAUACCGAGAGCAAACAUUUUUGAAUUGGAUCCUUCUAUUCAUUCAUUCACAAGUUGAGGACCUUCCAUCGUAGGCUACAUUUAGCCUACAUUUGUGUUGAAUAUUUCUUUCACUGGCUCAAAAUGGUCGGUUUAAAUCUCGGUUAUCCUGAACUACACAAAUGUUCAUGUUGAAGCCAUGUUUUCCAUUCACAAUGUUUUCACAUUCAUUAUAUGAAGAAUUAUUCACCAGGUUUCUUCAUAUGUUUUUCAAAAAUAAUGCAAGAGAUGGGUGGCCUGAUAAGAUUUCGAUAAAGUAAAUGGAAGUUAUUAACUGCGUAAUCAGUACAAGUCAGAUGAAUUUCAUCGCAGAUAUAAUUAUUUUCGUUCACUCUAAAGGAUACCUACCAGACUGUGAUUUUGUUCGUUUGACUUAUUGGAUCUUUUUUUCAUUUUUUUUUUUACCUCGUACCGAAUAGGUUUAAAUGUUAAUUAAAGAUCAUGCAAAUGAGCGUGUGAAGACAUACAUCAACAGGUAGGCUACAAUGCAUUCCAAGGACAUGGAUUUCGUACAAAUGUUUUUGUGCUUUCUCUUGUGCUGGGCUGGAGUCAAUGCCGUUUUCAAUUUAAAAUACACAGUGGAAGAAGAGCUGCGUCCAGGCACAAAGAUAGCCAACGUGACGGCGGACGCAAAAGUUGCGGGUUUGGCUUUGGCAAACCGACAGCCUUAUUUACGGGUUAUCUCCAAUUCCGAGCCGCGAUGGGUUAAUCUGAGCCCCGCCGGACUGCUCAUCACUAAGCAAAAAAUUGAUCGGGAUGCUGUUUGCCGACAGACACCGAAGUGUUUUAUUUCGUUGGAGGUGAUGUCGAACUUAAUGGAGAUCUGCGUGAUUAAAAUUGAGAUUAUCGACGUAAACGACAACGCGCCCCGCUUCCCCACCAACCACAUCGACAUCGAAAUCUCGGAAAAUGCCGCUCCCGGGACCAGGUUUCCCCUAGAGGGGGCAAGCGAUCCGGACUCGGGGAGCAACGGCAUUCAGACGUACACAAUUACCCCUAAUGAUAUUUUCGGUCUCGAGAUUAAGACGAGGGGAGACGGGUCCAAAAUCGCAGAACUUGUGGUGGAAAAGACUUUAGACAGAGAGACGCAGUCGCGUUACACGUUUGAACUCACAGCGGAGGAUGGUGGAGACCCCCCAAAGUCUGGGACUGUGCAACUUAACAUCAAAGUCAUAGACUCCAACGAUAAUAACCCAGUUUUCGAUGAGCCAGUAUACACUGUAAAUGUGCUGGAGAAUUCCCCCAUAAGUACGUUAGUCAUAGACUUGAACGCUACGGACCCAGACGAAGGAACCAAUGGCGAGGUGGUCUACUCAUUCAUAAACUUUGUCUCCAAUCUGACCAAACAAAUGUUUAAAAUCGACCCUAAAACGGGCGUGAUCACCGUGAAUGGCGUUUUGGACCACGAGGAAUUGCACGUCCACGAAAUUGAUGUCCAAGCCAAAGAUCUGGGUCCAAAUUCAAUCCCUGCCCACUGCAAAGUGAUUGUUAAUGUAAUCGACAUAAACGACAACGCGCCAGAAAUCAAAUUGUUGUCAGAAAACAGUGAGAUCGUAGAGGUGAGCGAAAACGCUCCUCUAGGAUAUGUAAUAGCUCUGGUGAGAGUCUCAGACAACGAUUCGGGAGCGAAUGGAAAAGUGCAGUGCAGACUGCAGGGCAAUGUGCCUUUUAGACUAAACGAGUUCGAGAGCUUCUCCACCUUACUUGUUGAUGGCCGCCUGGAUAGGGAACAGAGAGACAUCUACAAUUUGACCAUUCUAGCCGAGGACAGCGGAUAUCCCCCGUUAAGAAGCUCGAAAUCUUUUGCAGUGAAAGUUACGGAUGAAAACGACAACCCCCCGUACUUCACUAAGCCACAUUAUCAAGCCAUGGUCCUCGAAAAUAACGUCCCAGGCGCGUUUCUGCUGGCGGUGUCCGCCAGGGACCCUGACCUGGGCAUGAACGGCACUGUGUCAUAUGAAAUCAUCAAAUCGGAGGUGCGGGGCAUGUCUGUGGAAUCUUACGUUACUGUGAACUCAAACGGUGAAAUAUACGGCGUUAGGGCUUUUAAUCACGAAGAUACGCGGACUUUUGAGUUUAAAGUCUCUGCAAAGGAUGGGGGAGAUCCUCCUUUGACCAGCAACGCCACCGUGCGCAUUGUUGUUCUGGAUGUAAAUGACAACACACCAGUGAUGACCACCCCGCCCCUGGUCAAUGGCACCGCGGAGGUGUCAAUUCCGAAAAAUGCUGGAGUUGGUUAUUUGGUUACGCAAAUAAAAGCUGAUGAUUACGAUGAGGGGGAAAACGGAAGGUUGACGUAUUCAAUUUCAGAAGGAGACAUGGCAUACUUUGAAAUAGACCAGAUAAAUGGAGAGGUGCGAACCACAAAGACGUUUGGGGAGAACGCGAAACCAUCCUAUCAAAUAACGGUGGUGGCGCACGACCACGGCCAAACUUCUCUAUCUGCCUCGGCAUACAUUGUCAUUUAUCUAUCCCCUGAUCUCAAUGCACAGGAGCAAAUCGGACCCGUCAACCUGUCUCUCAUUUUCAUCAUUGCCCUUGGCUCUAUCGCAGUCAUCCUGUUUGUCACAAUGAUCUUUGUGGCAGUCAAGUGCAAAAGGGAUAACAAGGAAAUCCGAACAUACAACUGCAGUUUCUUGUACCUGCGCAGGGUGGCGGAGUACUCCUACGGCAACCAGAAGAAGACCAGCAAGAAGAAGAAGCUGAGCAAGAACGACAUCCGGCUGGUGCCGCGGGACGUGGAGGAGACGGACAAGAUGAAUGUGGUGAGUUGUUCGUCUCUCACCUCUUCGCUCAACUACUUCGACUACCACCAGCAGACUCUGCCGCUGGGCUGCAGGCGCUCCGAGAGCACCUUCCUCAACGUGGAGAACCAGAACUCCAGGAAUGCAGCACCCAACCAUGGCUUCCACCAUACCUUCACAGGGCAGGGCCCUCAGCAGCCUGACCUCAUCAUCAACGGCAUGCCACUGCCUGAGACGGAGAAUUAUUCCAUUGACUCCAGUUAUGUAAACAGCAGAGCACACCUAAUUAAAAGCACGUCAACAUUCAAGGACAUGGAAGGAAACAGUCUGAAGGACAGCGGGCACGAGGAGAGUGACCAAACCGACAGCGAACAUGAUGUUCAGAGAGGGCACUACGCUGACACGGCUGUCAACGACGUACUGAAUAUGACCGUACCCCCCAACAACUCGCAGCUACAUGACCAAGGUAAGUCUCUCUCUCUCUUUCUUUCUCUCUCCCUCUUUAAUUCUUUCUCUUUCCCCCAGACGGAGAAUUAUUCCAUUGACUCCAGUUAUGUAAACAGCAGAGCACACCUAAUUAAAAGCACGUCAACAUUCAAGGACAUGGAAGGAAACAGUCUGAAGGACAGCGGGCACGAGGAGAGUGACCAAACCGACAGCGAACAUGAUGUUCAGAGAGGGCACUACGCUGACACGGCUGUCAACGACGUACUGAAUAUGACCGUACCCCCCAACAACUCGCAGCUACAUGACCAAGAUCAGUCAGAGGGGUUCCACUGCCAAGACGAAUGUCGGAUCCUGGGCCACUCGGAUCGCUGCUGGAUGCCCCGGGUGCCGAUGCCAGCGAAAGUGAAGUCUCCCGAACACGGCCGCAACGUCAUUGCUCUGUCCAUCGAGGCCACAACCGUGGACGUACCUCAUUAUGAGGACUGUGGCACCACCAAAAGGACUUUUGCCACCUUUGGCAAAGAUGGGCCGGACGAGGAGAGGGCUGAACAGAGGGGCAAGCGGCAAACGGCAGAGCCGGCCGUCUGCACCCCCAAGUCCAACGGCACAGUCCGCGAAGCCGGAAAUGGCCGAGAGGCCGUUAGCCCCAUCACGUCCCCUGUGCACCUGAAGAGCCCCCAGUCCAAACCAUCCUCCGCUUACAACACACUGAAAUGCCGGGACGUAGAGCGCAUAGCCAACCACAGCCUGCUGCGGCAGCCGGAGGGGAAGGACAGUGAGCCGGCUAUGCGGGAGAUCAACACGCUCUUGCAGGACGGCCGUGAGAAGGAGUCCCCCGGCAGCAAGCGGCUGAAGGACAUCGUGCUUUAACCGGCUCCCACGUGUACACAGAACACAUACGAGUGUGUGCCGAAGUGUGCGUGUGUGUGUGUGUAUUCGUGUGCUUUUGCGAGCGUCGAGCCAAGCGGGCCUGGGGACAGAAGGGGCGAGACACAUGUGCAGCCCAUGUAUUCUCCAGAGACUGAACAAACUAAGCUGAAAAUAUGUCUCCGAGCUCAGACUGUCGUCGCGGCUUGGUAGUGACAACAACGCUUGUACGUUCGUCGCAAUCGUCUAUCUGCAGUGGACAGGCUGGUUACUGUGUGCUGCGUGACACGCUUCACCCUGCCCUCACGUCUUGCCCUUAGAGGAGAAAGACCUUCCAGGGUGACGCCAGUGACACCUAAGUAAAGUCAUGCCUUGUAGACUCGAAAGAGACUUCUAACUUUCUUUUAAUGCCUUCUUUGGUAUGCAGUUUUUGCUUCAGCUGCCAAACCGCUCACUGUUCCCGAAGAGGACGUGGGUCUCUCUGACGCUACAGAUUAUCGAGACUCUCCCCGUAACGAUGUAAGCCGUCCGACUGCGGCAGAGCGCACAGGAACACUCCGUCAGAUUUCAUUUCAUUUCAGUGGCUUUUCCCUGUCUGAUAAGACAACCCUUCUCUGUUUCCCUCAAGAUAUUCCAAUGUCAGCAAACCGUAAGGUCAUUACACUGCUUAUUUUUUAUCUCUGAUGGAGCUAAAUGAAGUUGCGCUAUCAGCUCAAGCUCACCGAAAAACUGGAAUAGGGAGAGACCGAUCCCCCAGACUUACAGCCAUAUAUAUAUAUAUAUAUUAUAUAUAUGUGGACAAAAAGAAGAAUAAGAAAAAAAAAAAAAAAAAACAUAAGACUUGUUGCUUUUGAAAUCUCCUGUGCCCUUUCCUGAUUGUAGCCAGUGGAGCGCAGUUUACUAGAACUUCGUGCUCUGGUCUUGUACUUUUUGGGAUUUUGACUAUGGGGCUAGGAUAGAAGGGGUCGUCACUUACGUCUUGCUAUGUGAAACUCUGUUUAGGGUUUAAUACUAUCAUUUUUAAUAAUCUGUUGUUAUGUGACAAUCCCUUUAAUGUUUUGUUGCGAAAGUAAAAAAAAAAAGAAAAAUAAAUAAACAUUGGUGUUCAACUAAAGCUACAGUAGCGUUUGUACACAAAGACAAAAAGGAAAAAAAAUAACAUAUAUGCCAAAAUAUAUUUUAUAAAUAAUUUAAAAUGUAUAAUGAGAAUAUUUAAUGCUGUGUAGUUAUUUUAUCAGUAAGUUAUACUUGAAAUUAACUGGCUUUUUUCUUUAUUUGUCCCCUUUUUAUUGACUUUGUUAUUUCUUCUUUUAUCCCUUUUUUUACAUUUUCAAUUGAUCUUGAUUUUUUUGUUGACUGUGUUACCCCUGGCAACUGUUGAUUGCAGUCUACCUUGUUGUAAAAGAGUUUCUUAUUGGUCAGUUUUCGUGCCAUCAAGUUUCUGUGUGGGCAAAAAAAGUGAAAAAAGACAAAAAAAAAAAAUAUCAACACCAACAGUUGUGUGUCAGUACAAUGAGCUUAGAGUGAGAUAGCAAAAGAAACCAAAAAAUUGCAACAAACAUUAAACUUUCAAGAUAACAGGUUGUUGUUUAAUCUUAAUUCUCAAGUAAUGGUAAGAGUAAGCCUACCAUUUUGAGUAACUGAAAGUGAUUCCACUCAUUUCUGAAGUGUAUAAGAGGCUCGAGUUCCAUGUAAAGCAAACCCAGAUGCUCUGAGACAGACUUGCUUUGCUAUCUAUCAUCAAGUACAGCCCUGCAUUUUUCAGAUCACUUAAGAACGCUGUACCAAGCCCACUCAAACAAGUUUGUUUUACUGCAGGAAGGGGGAAAAAAAACUGAUUUGGUGGAAUUGCCAUAGCAGCGGAUGGAGAGAAAUUGCAAAACCAGUUUCUUUGCAAUAUUCAUUUUAUAAUGUGGAAAGUACAAACAGCAACAAUGUGUGAAAAAGAUAUAGAUCUAGUAGCUGAAUGUUUUUGCUGGUCUCACCAAACAGCUUCUGGCAACGUGAAAAACAGAAUUAUCACUGAAUGUAUACUGCAGCUUAUUAUUAAACUAUUAAAUGUUCUCCA